AUGGGAUUCUAUCAGAACAUCGCAUAUCGCUAUGGUGACCUCGCUGUACGGGCACUCAAGGAUUGGUCAAAGACUAAACAAAAAUUGGCAAGAGAAUACAAUAAGAGAUGUUUUUUAUCUAACAUUUCACCUACACAUAUCAUACACUCCACUUCAUCCAUCACAAAGUUGUUACAAAGACAGGACAUCAAGUCGAACAAGGAUGCUUUACAAUUUACCAGGUUAGAAAACAGAAUUUUGAAUUUAGAAAUUUCUAAUUGCAUUAAAGUCAUUCGUAAUUUAGAGUCUAAUUUAUCGAAACUCAAAAGAGACAUCAUUGACUUAACUUCUGAAUUCAUUUUUAACAAUUUUUCUAGUAAACAACAAGUUUUAUAUAACAAAACUUUUCAUAAAACCAAAUUAGUAAAUACUAACAAAUAUAAUAGAUUAUUUAAUCAAGAACUGAACUUGAAACUAAAGACAAAACCGGGUUGGAUUAAGAACCUCUCCAAUGCAACUUUACCCGAUGAUAUUUCUAGAUUUUUGUCUUUGGGUCCCAGGUUCAGUAUAGAACCUAUUGUAGGGAAAGAUAUCCCUAUCAGGGAUAUGUGGGCUGACGUUGAAACAAUUAUGCACUCUGUCACGGAUGCACAACUGAGGGACGUACUAGUAGCUAAAUCUACGUACAUCAUAACUGAUUAUGUACAUAAAAACAACAGUAAAAGUAGCUUUAAUUUCUACAGAGCUAUGUUACAUAAAACUCGUAAGUUUCUUAGUGAAAACACUAACAUUAUUGGCAUGCCUUCUGACAAAUGGAAUGUAACUGUAGUUCUGGAGAGGCAAAGAUACUUAGAUCUAUGUCUCGAAUUGCUAAAUUCUGAUAAUAUAUAUGAGAGAUUGAACAGAGAUCCAACUAAUACUGUUCAAACUAAAUGCAACAACCUCAUCAAGGAAUUAUGCAGUUCAGGACAAAUAAAUGAUGAUACAAAGAAAAAAUUAACAGGUUAUUCCUGA